AUGUGAAGAAAAAGUGUACGCCCACAAUAAUCACUCUCUUUUUCCUUGCCUCUACUUAAGAUGCAAACCGCCUUAAUUAAUAAUAAUCUUUUCGAUCGUCUCUCUUUCGUUCUGUUUCAUUUCAUUCAUUGAAGUAUAGCUUUCGCCUACCCAUUUCAUAUUAUCUUCAUCAGAUUCACAUCCUUGUGUUUCAUCCAUCACAGCCAUGGCAGAGAAGGUAUGUAAAAAGUUACAGUAAUGGUGAUUAAGGUCGAUCUUGGCUGCGAGAAGUGCUUCAAGAAAAUCAAGAAAGUGCUCUGUCAAAUUCCUCAAAUUCAAAAUCAGGUAUAUGAUGAGAAGGCAAACACAGUGACAAUCACUGUGGUGUGCUGCAGCCCAGAAAAGAUCAAGAAAAAGAUAUGUUGCAAAGGUGGUGACUCAGUCAAGGGUAUUGAAAUCAAAGUUCCAGAGAAACCUAAACCACCAGAGAAGCCUAGGGAGCCCGAGAAGCCUAAAGAGAAGCCACCGGCACCAGCACCAGCACCAGCACCAGCACCGGCACCACCACCAGAGAAGCCUAGGGAGCCCGAGAAGCCUAAAGAGAAGCCACCGGCACCAUCACCGGCACCACCACCAGAGAAGCCUAGGGAGCCCGAGAAGACUAAAGAGAAGCCCAAGGAACCAGAAAAGGCUAAACCUCCGCCACCGGCACCAGCACCAGCACCGGCACCUAAGCCUCCAAAACCAGCCCCACCAUAUACACCGCCGGUGAGGACCUGUUGCCCGGAAUGUUAUGCAGGAUAUGGUGGAGGCCCGUGUUAUCACGGGUAUGGAAGGCCACCCCCAUGUUACGCAGGUUAUGGAACUCCAGCUCCAUGUUAUGAGGCUUAUGGAAGGCCAAUAUACGAUAGUUGGGGCGGCGGCGGUGUCUUCAGCGGUUGCCAGAGGGGAUGCUAUGUCGGCAGAUGUGAUUGCCUUAGGGAAGAAAAUCCGUCAGCAUGCAGUAUCAUGUAACUAAUUAAUUGAAAAUGGCGGUCUUAAUCAUGGCAUGAUGGUGAUCUUGAAGUUGCCAUUGUUGAAAUGCUAUGUCGGGGUUUUUCUUUUUUACAACUUAUCAGAUCUGAUAUGACAGGAAGCCUAUUAAGAUAAUAAUAGCAAAUAAGAUUUGUGUGGACAAUUAAUUGUUCAUUUUAUGGUUAUAACAAAGUUUGUCGAUUAAAAUUUUUAAUUAAUUAAUAAAAAGUUCAUAUUAAUCA